AUGAACUCCCUCAACAUCAUCUCCGCGCGAGUCUCCCCGUCAUCCUCUCCGAGCCCGACGCGAUCCAACUCCCUGACCCAUGUUGCGCUGGCCACCUCUUCCGAAGACCUGAAGUCAUCUCAAGAGAGCAUCCCGGAAGAGGACCAGGCCCUUCUGUCAGUCGAGCCGGACGAGUACGCUGCAGAGAGCCGUGGCGGCCACGGCUACGCCGAUGAGAAGACCCCUUUAUUAGGGACCGGUGAAUCCAAAGACCUCGACGCACGCUCGUCACCAUGGCACGUCCUUCCGAGCCGCUUAGCAAACAACCUGAUAAACUCGAUACGCUGGGUUCUGUCCACCCUGGCUGCCCCAGGGGUAUACCUGAUGGCAUGUCUCUACGACGAAAGGGGUACCUUCACCCCAUUGCGGCAGCUACGGAGACUGUUCGGACAAUAUGAAGGUGACACAACCACAUUUAGCGCCGAAUACCAUGAGCACACUUCUAUGAAUGACGAAAAGCAAACCUCUUCGCGACGCGCAAGCCAGAGCGCGAGAGGCAAGCAUGCGUCAACGGCAAGCAUGCGAUCGGUACACUCUUCUGGGUCUUCCUCAUCCGGCCUCUCCUCCGAAUCGGAGUCUGAUGCAACCUAUGAUAAUGACACGCCGACACGCAGCUCCGGAUCCUCCGGCCGCCACUCCAGGUCCAAGUCAACCGAGGAGAUUGCGCCGGCCCGAAGAUCAAUCAGGAUCAAGCUUCAUAGCGACAACGAUCUACGGCAACGCAAACACAAGAAAGCGCAAUCUGCGAGUGCCAGGCCCGGCGGCGGUGAUGCCGCAGCAGACCUUUCGGCACAACUGAAGUCGCCAACUUCCCCUGUUGGCGCCUUGACGAAAUAUCCCAAAACGCCUGCUCCUCCGCGACCGCUAAUACCACAACGACAGCCCUCCUAUAUCCCGAUCGAAGCCCCGGACCCGACACACCUCAAGACCCUGAUUCUAGACUUGGACGAGACACUCAUCCACAGCAUGUCUAAAGGCGGCAGGAUGGGGUCAGGGCACAUGAUUGAGGUGCGGCUGAACACGACAUAUGUUGGGGCGGGUGGCCACCAAACUCUUGGACCUCAGCAUCCGAUCCUAUACUACGUCCACAAACGGCCGCACUGCGACGAGUUCCUCCGAAAGAUUUCUAAAUGGUUCAACCUCGUUGUCUUCACCGCGUCUGUACAAGAAUACGCGGACCCAGUCAUUGACUGGCUCGAAUCCGAAAGGAAAUAUUUUACAGCCAGAUACUAUCGACAGCACUGUACCUUCAGACAUGGCGCGUUUAUCAAGGAUCUCAGCUCGAUAGAGCCAGACCUUAGCAAGGUUAUGAUUCUAGACAACAGCCCGCUCAGCUACAUGUUCCACCAAGAUAAUGCCAUUCCGAUACAAGGUUGGAUAAGUGACCCGACAGACAACGAUCUCUUGCAUCUGGUUCCGCUCCUAGAGGGGCUGCAGUACGUCUCAGACGUCAGGGCACUACUUGCGUUGAGAGGCGGCGAAGACGGUUCUCAUAUAUGA